AUGCAGACCGAUCCAACACUUGCACAAGUGCAAUCCAAAAUGCUGGAAGAGCUGAAGGCUGAACAACAUACACUGCUGAAUCAACUCAUCGAGCAGCUACCGUAUGAUUUGGACAAGGACAUCGCUGAGGACGAAGUGUUCCAGGCCGAAUAUUUGGUGAAAGCGGCAUCUCUUCAGAGCAUGGACGUCAAGCCUCCGCCGGUGGCAGCACAACUCGUAAUGCCGCAACACCGUCUCCACAUCCCGAUGCCUACGUUCGACGGUAGCUACGAACAGUGGCCAAAGUUCAAGGCUAUGUUCCAGGACAUCAUGAGCCGAGCCAAUGAGUCUGAUGCUGUGAAACUUCAUCAUUUGAACAAGGCGUUGACAGGAAAGGCUGCCGGCAUAAUCAACGCCUCAAUGAUGAACAGCAACAACUUCGAGAGUGUAUGGGAGAUCUUAGUCCAGCGGUUCGAGAACCCCCGGUUGAUCGUCGACAAACACAUCGCCGGGUUGUUACACCUCAAGGCGCUACCCCGAGAGUCUGCAAAGGAUCUUCGUCACCUUGCCGAGACUUGUAAGGCGCAUGUUGACGGUCUCAUCUUCAUGGAGAAGCCCAUCGACGGAACCAGCAACCUCAUCAUCACCCACAUUCUGUCAUCGUGCCUAGAUGCGGAAACUCGGAAGUUGUGGGAACGCUCGUUAAAGCAUGGAGAGUUUCCUGAGCUGUACAAAACUCUUGAGUUCAUCACUCGGCAGACGGAAGUGUUGGAAAGCUGUGCAACGAAGGAGCCUCAACAACGACAACCGUCGGGAAAACCAGCGAGCACCAAGGCAUUUGUGUCAUCGACUCCGAACCCUCCGCAGCUCUGUUGCGCUUUGUGUAAGCAGCAACAUCCAUUACACAAGUGCCCCACGUUGUUAAUACUGACGACUACGGAUAAGAUCGAGAAGCUGAAAACAUUGAACCGCUGCUUCAACUGUUUUGGUACCGGACAUGCAGUUUCUAAAUGUCCCUCACCAUGGUCGUGUCGUCACUGCAAGGGCAGGCAUCACACGUUGAUUCAUGUGGAGAACUCACGUGUAACACCUGGUCCAUCACCUGUUACUGGAAGACAAUCUACAACCGCUACGACAACAUUAACCACAGUUGUGUCAUCCACUGUGUUGCUUUCGACGGCAAUGCUCAACAUCACCGACAGCGCAGGAGUCACCCAUCCGGCACGUGUUCUUCUGGACAGCGGAGCACAAUCCAGCUUCAUCACUGGCAGGCUAGCCCAAUUCCUAUGUUUACCACGCAAAUUGGUAAACAUUCCCUUGUCAGGGAUUGGUGGCAGCGCAGGAUCGAACGUGCGAUACACCGUGACUACUACCAUUCAUUCCCGAUGCUCCAGUUACAAUGCAACGGUGGAAAUGUUAGUGCUUCCCAAACUGACGGUGGAAAUGCCACGACAGUACAUCAACAUCAGCCACUGGAGUAUUCCUGAAGCAUGUGUUCUGGCUGACCCGUCGUUCAACAACCCAGCGCCUAUCGACCUGAUACUGGGAGCAUCACUCUUCUACGAGAUCCUGAGGACCGGACGGCUAUCGUUGGGUGACAACAUGCCAACGCUCCAAGAAACCGAAUUUGGUUGGGUUGUCAGCGGAAACACCAUCAUCGAGGAACCAUUGUCAUCUUCAAUGUGUGCAGUCGUCACGCACACCAACGAGCUGGACUCUUUGAUGAAGAGAUUCUUCGAACUAGAAGAGGUGAGCGGCACACCAAGCUGGAGCAACGAAGAACGUGCGUGUGAGGAGCAUUAUACAGCGACAACUACCACAGACAUCAACGGUCGAUACGUGGUUCGACUUCCCCGGAAAGCCGAAAUGAUCGGCAAACUUGGGGACUCAAAGACCAGCGCACUAAGAAGGUUCUUAGCAAUAGAACGACGACUUCAAAGAGAACCGGAAACUCAACAAGCCUAUGUUGAUUUCAUGAACGAGUACCUUCGCUUAGGUCAUAUGAGCAAGGUGGCAGCUACAUCGAUGGACGCUGAGACGUUCUAUCUACCUCAUCAUCCGGUCUUCAAAGCCGACAGCACCACUACCAAGUGCCGUGUCGUCUUUGACGCAUCGAGCAAAUCAUCAACGGGAGUAUCAUUGAAUGAUACGUUAAUGGUCGGGCCGACCAUUCAACAGGAUGCUACCUCCAUUUUGAUGCGGUUCCGUACAAGGGCUGUUGCCCUCACAGCAGACGUGGCUAAAAUGUACCGGCAGGUUUUGGUACAUCCCACCGAUCGAUCCCUGCAACGCAUCCUGUGGCGGAAUUCACCAAACGAGCCCAUCGAGGAGUAUGAGCUCAACACCGUGACGUAUGGGACAGCAUCUGCACCGUUCCUGGCAGUACGAUCAUUACAACAAACGGUAGAAGAUCAUGGGAAGGAAUAUCCGGCUGCAGCUGCGCGAUCCUGUGACUUCUACGUGGAUGAUUUCGUGUCUGGAAGUGAUUCGCCGGCAGAGGCUGAAUCCCUACAAGUACAAACGGCAGAAUUGUACGCGAAGACGGGGUUCGAGCUACGAAAAUGGGCUUCCAACAAGCCAUCCGUGCUACAGCAUGUGGACCAACAGCAGUUAGCAGCCACUCCAUCUGCUGAAUCGGGAGCCGAAGGAGUUCUGGCAACUCUUGGUUUAGUUUGGGACUCAUCUUCCGACAACAUGAGUUUCAAAAUCAACGCGCCCUACGUUAUUGGGCCAAUAACGAAGCGGAAGGUCCUUUCUUGCAUCGCCAGGAUCUACGAUCCUUUGGGAAUUGUUGACCCAGUGAAAGCCAUGGCGAAGCAAUUCCUCCAACGUAUCUGGACUCUUCAGACGGACCAGCAACAUCCCUGGGGAUGGGACGACGAACUACCGCAUCACCUUCAAGGACAAUGGAUCAACUUCCACAACCAAUUGAUCCAUCUACAGGAGCUACACAUUCCUCGUGUAGCAAUUGGACCUGACAGCAUCUCUAGCCAAUUCCAUUUCUUUUGCGACGCGUCAGAAAAGGGAUAUGGAGCAUGCUGUUACAUCAGGAGCUGCAACGAACAGGGAGUCGUCACGAUUCAACUGUUCGCCUCGAAGACGAAAGUGACACCAAUAAGCAGCAAGCACUCCAUCGCCCGACUGGAAUUGUGCGCAGCACAAUUAGCCAGCUUGCUUUACAAUCGUGUGAAGUCAGCUGUCGAGUUGCAAUCUCCAGCUACAUUUUGGACGGAUUCAACCACCGUGGUGCAUUGGCUACGAGGAUCACCAAGCUGCUGGAAGCCGUUCGUCGCCAAUCGUGUCUCGCAAGUGCAACAGCUUACAACUGGUUGUGCUUGGCGACACAUUGCUGGAAUAGACAACCCAGCGGACCUUGCAUCACGCGGCUGCCUGAGUAAGGAGCUCCUCAACAAUCCGUUAUGGUGGCAGGGCCCACCAUGGCUAAAUCAACCGGAAGAGCAAUGGCCGGAAUCAUCGAUAUCGUCAUUUGACGACGACGCUGCCGCAGAAAGACGCGCCUCUACAGUGGCCUGUGCAGUUGUCGAGAAACCGCACCAUCGCGUCUUCACGUUAUACUCAUCGUUCUCGAAGCUCAGAAGAAUGAUGGCGUAUUGGGUUCAAUACUUCAACCGUUGUUCAAAACGUCGAUCGUAUACUGGCCCUGGUAUCACGACAGCAGACCUGAAGGAAGCAGAGGAAGUAAUGUGCCGAUUAGCGCAGAGGGAUUAUUUCACACAAGAAAUAAGAGCACUACAACGGAAGGAAUCAAUUUCUUCGUCAUCGAAGCUGAAGUGGCUGCAUCCGCAGCUGGGAGCAGACGGCAUCAUUCGUGUUGGUGGCAGGCUUAGCAACGCAUUGCUAUCAGAGGACACCAAACAUCCUAUCGUGGUUCCCAACGGACAUCCGUUAGCCCAUCUGCUGAUGGAUCAUUUCCACAAGACGCUGCUACAUGCGGGACCACAGCUGAUGCUGAGAAGCGAGCCUAUAUCAAUUGCAGCCCUCCCCGUGGUAAUCACACUUGUCACAUUACAACACCCAGCGCCCAGAGGUGUCGGAGUGCCACGUUCACGUGGCAGCAAGAGUUGCGGUGCGUGCGGUGUAAAAUACGGACAGCGUGUGCCGACAGCAGCGUCGCCCAGCAACACGAACUCGAGCAGCUCGUCCAACACCGGUUCGCAGAGCGGCACCCUGAGCACGAGCCUGAGCAACACGACCAACACAAACAACACGAUGGGUCCUAGCAACACGCCACAGCAGACGGAGCAGCUGUCCAAAACGAACCUCUACAUUCGCGGCCUGCAACAGGGCACGACCGACAAGGAUCUUGUCAACAUGUGUGCACAGUAUGGUAACAUCAUCUCUACAAAGGCAAUAUUAGAUAAAACAACAAACAAGUGUAAAGGAUACGGAUUUGUUGACUUCGAGUCGCCAUCGUGUGCCGAGGGUGCCGUCAAAGGGCUUCAAGCGAAGGGCAUCCAAGCUCAGAUGGCCAAAGUGGGUAUCUGGGUGCUACAUAGGCCGGCCAUUGUACGUUUGUUUGCAUGCAAGUAAUACUUACACUUUCCCCCUGCCCACCUC